GAGGAGCUGAAAAACCAUCUAUUCCCUCCUACAUACGGAAGAAAGAGACGAGCGAGCGACUGGCCAAGGCUCUAUGCUCGACGUCUAAGACGGAGUAACGAAGAACUUUCAAUUGAUACAAGAAUCCGCCUUACUUCGACAGAGAUAAAGAGCCAAGGGGAGAUUUUUUUAACUAACUGCUGUCUCUUCUUGCCUUUACGGUCUUCAUUUCCUCCAAGGUCAUCGUUUUAAACUCUUUACCUUGCAAUAGUACGCUUAAAAUCUGAUUUAGGGUUUGGGUUUUGAUUUGUUUCCCCUACUGAACUCAAGGGUUUUGAGGAGUCCUUUGUUUCUCAUGGUAUAGGAUAAACCCUAAGCCAGUUUGUGUUGUUUAAGACAGAUAGAAAUAGAUAUGUCGGCUAAUAAUAAUAAUAACCCAGCAAGAAAUAUUGGGACACCGACCCAUUUCGGUAAUUCAGGGGCAAUUCCACAGUCUAUGGCUAUGAAUCAUCAGGCUCACUUACUCUCACAGACCCAACGUCAAACACAUGGAUUGCAUCAAUUUCCAGGUCAUUUUCAGCUUUCUGAACCUCAAUCUCAAGCACAAGCACAAGCUCAAGCUCAAGCUCAAGCUGUUGCUCAGAUGCAGUAUGCUCAAGCUCAAGCUCAGGCUCAUGCCCAAGCUCAGGCUCAUGCCCAGGCUCAGGCUCAGGCUCAGGCUCAUGCCCAGGCUCAGUUUCAAUCUCAGUUACAAGCUCAAGCCCAUUCAUUUACACAGAUGCAAAACAAUGUUGGUGUGUCUUCACCAUCCAUCUUGACAGCUGGCAACAUUUCAGCCAAACGUGUUCCCCAUAAACCACCUAUCAGGCCCCCAGGUUCUUCGAGUGCUGCUGCAGUUUCACCUUUGAAAACAAUGGAGCUUACUCCUGCUUCACGUAAGAAGAAACCGAAGCUUACAGAUAAGCAAAUUCCGGAUAAAGUAGCUGCUAUUUUGCCAGAAUCGGCUCUUUAUACUCAGCUGGUUGAGUUCGAGGCUCGUGUUGAUGCUGCUCUAGUGAGGAAGAAGGUUGACAUUCAAGAAGCUAUCAAAGCUCCUCCUAGGUUUCAAAAAACCCUUCGCAUUUAUGUCUUCAAUACCUUUGCAAAUCAGGGUCAGUCAGUCUCGGAUGAUAAAGAUGCAGAGCCUCCUUCUUGGUCGCUCAAGAUUGCUGGUCGAAUCUUGGAUGAUGGACCAGAAACAAAUGCUGCCUCCUACCCAAAAUUCUCAUCAUUCUUUAAGAAGAUAACGGUUUACUUGGAUCAAAAUCUCUAUCCGGACAAUAAUGUGAUUUUGUGGGAGAGUUCACGUUCACCUGUUUUGCAGGAGGGGUUUGAAGUGAAGAGGAAAGGAAACAAAGAAUUCAAUGCAAUUAUCAGAAUAGAAAUGAAUUACAUGCCUGAUAAAUAUAAACUUUCCCCUCCUUUAGUCGAACUUCUUGGAGUUGAGGUAGAAACACGUCCAAGAAUUAUUGCUGCAGUCUGGCACUAUGUGAAGGCUAAAAAACUGCAGAUUCCAAACGAUCCUUCCUUCUUCAUGUGUGAUCUGCCUCUUCAAAAAUUAUUUGGGGAAGAUAAGAUGAAAUUCUCCAUGGUUUCCCAAAAGAUAUCACAUUACUUGACUGCACCACCACCUAUACAAUUGGAGCAUCAGAUUAAGCUUUCGGGUAAUAAUCCAUAUGGGAAUACUUGUUAUGAUGUGCUGGUUGAUGUUCCUGUUGCAUUACAGCAAGAUAUGUCUGCUUUCUUGGAAAAGUUAGAAAAACAAAAGGAAAUUGAGGCUUGUGAUCUAGCCAUUUCUAAUGCUAUAAAGAAGAUACAUGACCAUCGGCGUAGGAGGGCUUUUUUCCUUAGUUUUAGCCAAUCUCCGGCUGAAUUCAUCAACUCACUGAUUGCUUCUCAAAGUAAGGACUUGAAAAUUGCUGCUGGUGAUGCUAACCGCAAUACAGACAGGGAACGACACUCCGAGUUCUAUAAUCAGCCUUGGGUCGAAGAUGCUGUCAUUCGAUAUCUGAACCGCAAACCUCUCGGUGGAACUGAUGCGCCUGGAAGCACAUAGUUCAGAGUUUGAGUUUUUUUUUGAAAGAGAAGUUCAGAGUUUGAGUUGCUGACUGACAAUCUUCACUGGAAACAUAAUUUUGUCAGAUUUCUGAUCAUCCUAAUGUGGAUGUAGAUGGAAUUCAUUUUGAAAAUUGAACUCAAUCUAACACAUUUUCUGGGAAUUUUAUUUGCAGUUUCUUGAUCCACAGAUACAUACAGAAAUAGAAGGGAAAGUGUUUCCCAAUAGGUUAUUCCUUCUGUGUUUCUAAUACUUGUUCUUUCUUUUGUCUUUGAUGUAGUGGGUAUUCUUCUCUUCUGUCCACUGACUUUAAUGGUUGAGAUCUUGUCAGAUUUUGUUCAAUUAUAUAGAUCCAUUUAGGAGGAAUAUUAUCAUCUUAAA